UAAAUAUGAAGCGCCACGCGACAGAAAUGUGUCCAUAUUCAUGUGUGACCUUUGACCCAGACAAUCAGCGCAGUGCGGGUGGUUGUCAGCACCGGAGGAACCGAACGCGAGCUCUGCGAUGGACAUCAUUUUCCAGGGUGAGCUGGACAAGUGGGAGUCGAUGAAGCAGGAGUGGAGGCGGCGGUUCUGCGUCCUCAAGUCCAUGUCCUCCACAGGGAACGCCUUCAUGGAAUUCUACAGGGACGUCCGCACGUGGCAACAUGAGGACCCGAAGGCAGUGGUGAACCUCCUCAUUAACUAUGAGGUGUACAAAGUUCCCGAUCCACGGAAGAGGUUCUGCUUUGAGGUCCGGUCCAUGGACAAGGUGAUCCGCCUGUCCGUGGAUAACAUAGACAUCAUGGAGAAGUGGCUGUUCCAUCUAGAUGUGGACAUCCGGGCCAACAUGCGCGCCACCAGCGUUCAUGUGCAAGCGAAUGAGUGCCAGGGAGUUACCUAUGUGGUGAAGCCUUACAAAGACUGUGACGAGCUGAAGAAAUUGAGCGCCACCGGCGAGCUAUUCCUCCAAAUCACGAGUUCUGAGAUCACGCUUUACCACCGGCUGAACGGGGAGGAGAUCACGUUCUGGCCGCUCACCUGCCUCAGACGCUACUCCUCCUCAUCCGGGACAUUCACAUUCGAAUGCGGGCGGAAGUCCCCAUGUGGAGAAGGCAUCUACACUUUUGUGUCUAAGGAAUAUGACGCCAUAUUCUCCGUCUUGGACGAGUUCGUCAAGAAAAAAGUCGAGAAACUUCGCCAAGACCAGCCACCACCUCAGUACGACGAGAUAGAGCGCGGGGAAAGUGGCAUCAGUGCUCCUCCGAGCUACGACACGCUGGUGCACAUCGGCGCCUUCCGCAAGCCACAGGAGACCGCCGCCUCGGAACCGCCGCAGAACUACGACCACGCCGUGCUCACACGUCCGCCGACCAGGGCUACCGAAGGCGGGGCCGGGGAGAGCUACGACCUGCUGACCCGUGAGUUCGGCCAGCGCUCCCGGGGCCCCAGGCCCCCGCCCAACACCCCCGGCGGGGAGGGCGCGGCCCAGGGCGAGGAGCCUAUCUACGAUAACAAGAACUGCAUCCCGCCGGACGAAGACGAGGCGCUGACCGACCUGUACAAGCAUCUGGAGGAGAAGGAAAUGGGUACUGCUGCACAAGGCGCGGCGUCAGCCGGUCAGCCAGGCCCGCCGGCCUACAGGAGACACCCGGACAAGAGCGACUACCAGUCCGCCAUCAUCAGGAAGUCGUCUGUCGUGGCUGAGAACCAGCCUGGGGCUCUGUUGGGGGCUGCCGGUGGAGUGCCGAACGGAGCUGCCGAGAAACCGCCGCCUGUGAACGGUACAGUGAUGCUGCCGCCACAGAGAGAGGAGUCACUUUACGAUCGCAAGCUGCCUGGUCAACCGGACACAACCCCGGGUCGCAGAGUCUCCAUCGAGACCAGCUCGCCCGCGCACCCACCGGCUCUGUCCCCGCACCCGACGAAGGGCCUGGGCAAGUUUCAGAGCGAAACUAACAUGAACACACCUGGGAAGGAGGAGACAGAGAAGAAGCACAAAAAGAAACCGUCUCUGGCCAAACGUCUCAGCAAGCUUUCCCUGUACGACAAGAGCGGUGACAAGGAGAUAAAGGAAGAACUGAAUCCUGCUCAGUAAGUGAACGACUCGAAGGGCUAACAAAAAGCAAAAUCAUCAUUUCUGUUCAUACGAAAGUUACUGUGAGUAGAUCAAAUUCUUUGCAUGUCUACGUUUCUGUUUUGUAUUUUGACGAAGACUAAGAUGGUCUUGCCAAGAGUGUAUCAAAGGCUAUACUGAUUCGAUCGUAUGGAUGACAUCCAUCUCUGAUGCGAGCGUGUGGGGAAAAAAGAAAUGUUGAACCAAAAAAUGUUGCCUUUAUUGGAAGAUAAGAGGUCGGGAUGAAUGGACAGAUGACAUCUGAACACUCAGAAUAUUAAGUAUCCAAUGUGCAAAGAGUAGGUGCAUGGC